AUGCCUGUCACGUGGCGGGCACUGUCGCGUGACUUUGCCCCGCCUCCCUCCCCUCCCCUCCCUCCCCUCCCACGUGACCAAGUGCGGUCGGCAACCGCUCCCCCCCCCAAAAACCACCCGCGGCUGGUGUCACGUGACGCCGGUGUCCCUGACCACGUGGUGCAGGCGGCGAUGGCGGCGGCGGCUGCGGCCCAGCGGGGCGGCGGGGGCAGCGGGGGCGGCGGCGGCGGCGGCGGCGGGGGCGGUGGAGAGGCUGGGGGCGGUUCCGGCGGCCGAGAGCCUGACCCGCCCCCGGGGGCCGGUGGGGCUUCGUCGGACCAGAUCAUGCGGACGGGUGCGAUCCUGCUGCGGGGGUUCAUCCGGGACCGAGUGGAACACUGCGGGGACGCUCAGGUGGUGGCCCUGAGCCGGGCGGAACUGGGGGGGCCGCAGCCCAUCAGCCCCGACACCAAACGCCUCAGCGAGUGUCUGCGCCGCAUCGGGGACGAGCUCGACAGCAACACGGAGCUGCAGAGGAUGAUCGAGCAGGUGGGGUGCCAUGCCCCCAAGGAACUCUUCUUCCGUGUGGCUGCGGACAUGUUUGCUGACGGCACCUUCAACUGGGGCCGCGUCGUCGCCCUGUUCUACUUUGCCUGCAAGCUGGUGCUGAAGGCACUGUGCACCAAGGUCCCCGAGCUGGUCCAAACCAUCCUGGGCUGGACCAUGGAGUACAUGCGGGAGCACGUGCUGGCCUGGAUCCAGGCGCAGGGAGGAUGGGAAGGGCUGCUCUCUUACUUCGGCACCCCGACCUGGCAGACCAUCACCAUCUUCGCCGCCGGCGUCCUCACGGCCUCGCUCACCAUCUGGAAGAUGUCAUAGACUUGAUUGGGGGGGGGGGGGCUGCAGCCUGACCCCCCCCCCCCCCACCUUACCCCCCCCUCCCCUUCUCCCCAGGACUGGCCCCUGCCGGCAGGGAUGGUGCUGACCCCCCCUCCAGCCCCUUGGGUGCUGUGCCUUCCAGGAGGGAAGGGGGCUUUUUAACGAACAGGACUUUGUUAGGACUCGCCCUGAACUUUUGGGGGGGGUGCGGUGGGCUGAGCUGGGGGGGGAUCCUUCCCCCCCACCCCCCAGACAUUCCCCCAGCAGUGGGUGAAAGUGCCCGGGGGGGCUACAGCCAGAACCCCGCUGAAUUUGGGGGGGGGGGUAGGGUGGGUGGUCACCCAUUUCACCCUCCCCCCUUGCCCCCCCAGUCCCGGUGCUGGGGUGUCCCCCCCCCCCCUUGCCCCUGACACCCAGGGAUGGGUGGCUGCAGCCCCCAACGCAGCCCCGAUUGCGGGACUCGUGGUGCUUUGGGUGGGUCCUGCGGAUGGGUGGGCUCUGACACCCCAAAAAUGGGGCUGGGGGGGGGGGGGGGCACGUGGGGUGGGGAGGGCUGCAGCCGUGACUGAAGGUCGGGUAUUUAUUGGGGGGGGGGCUCCCUGCCCUGAGAAACUCCCCCCCCCCCCCCCAGGUGCAAUACCCCCCUCCCUGGUGGCUCUCAGGGUGUGUGUUGGGGGGCGUACCCCCUGUUUACACUCCCUUCCUCCCCCCCUCCCCCCAAGUUUCGGGGGUCCCCACUUUGCAAUCAGCGUCCCCAAGGAACUGCCCUGCGGCGGGGGCGGAGCGACCUCCCUCAACCCCCCCACUUGGUGCUCUUUGGGGUGAUGUCAUGAAACGAUGAUAUCAUGGGGGGAGCCCUCCCUCUGGUGGGGGGGGGGCGGGGCAUGCCUUCCCCCCGCCUUUCGUUUUAUUCCCCCCCCCCCUUUUUUUUUCUUUUUUGUACAUUUUUUUUGUAUCUUGGGUAUUUCGAUGUCUGGAAAUAAAGGGGAAACGGAGCUUCGUGUCGGGGGGAGGCCGUCAGCGCCCCCCCUCCACCCUGUACUCUGGCUGUUGC